AUGCCGUACAUCAGUCCUAUCUGUGUAGCAAAGCAGGACACCUGCCGAUGGAUUUGGGAGCAUCUGGAGUCCCAGGGUGGAUAUGUUGCAAAUAGUCUAGCAAUCAUGACAGAUGCACUCCAUAUGUUAACUGACCUUAGUGGUAUUAUUUUGACCCUCCUUGCUUUAUGGUUAUCUGCAAAAGCUCCUACAAAAAGGUUCACCUUUGGAUUCCAUCGCUUAGAAGUAUUGUCAGCCAUCAUUAGUGUGUUGCUGGUAUAUAUCCUGAUGACAUUCCUGUUAUAUGAAGCUGUUCAAAGAACUAUCCAUAUGGACUAUGAAAUUAAUGGAGAUAUAAUGCUUAUUACAGCAGCUGUUGGCGUGGCAGUAAACUUAAUAAUGGGUUUUCUGCUGAAUCAGUCAGGUCACCUUCAUUCCCAUUCACACUCACACAGCCACGUACCUCCAUCAAGCUCUCCUAACACAGCCCUUGGGAAUAGCCAGGGACCCAGCAGCCUUGCAGUGAGAGCAGCAUUUGUACAUGCUCUUGGGGACCUGGUACAAAGUAUUGGUGUACUUAUAGCAGCCUAUAUCAUACGUUUCAAGCCAGAAUACAAGAUUGCUGACCCUAUAUGUACUUACAUAUUUUCAGUACUUGUGAUUUUUACAACAGUCCGAAUCAUAUGCGACACAGGAGUUAUUAUUCUGGAAGGAGUUCCAAAGCAUUUGAAUAUGGAUCGCAUUAAAGAGGACCUAAUGAAAAUUGAAGAUGUAUAUUCAAUAGAAGACCUAAAUGUUUGGUCUCUCACUGCAGGAAAAACUUCUGCCAUAGUCCACUUGCAAUUAGUUCCUGGUAGUUCAUCCAAAUGGGAGGAAGUUCAGUCCAAGGCCAGACACUUGCUGCUGAACACGUUUGGAAUGUAUAAGUGCUCUGUCCAGCUUCAGAGUUACAAACAGGAAGUAAACAAAACCUGUGCAAAUUGUCAGAGUUCCAGUGCCUAAUUUCAUAUGUUUUGGGAACUGCUGCCUUAUUCUUCAUCUUGUAGUCAAAGACUAAAGAGCAAUAAAUGUAAACAGAUUGAACAAAAUCCCUAAAAUUCCUAAUGGAUGAAGUUGUAUUAAUAGUUGAUGCAACAGGAAGAAUUGGUUCUGCAAAGUGUGCAGGAGUUAUCCUACAGAACACACAUUUGUUUGUGUGCUCUCUUUUGUACUGGUUUAUUGUUCAGCUCAUGAUUUUCAGACAAAGAUGUUUCCAGAAUAUUGUUUACAGAUUGAGAUAUGGCUCUGCAGAUACCUCAUAGAUUAUACUUCAAUACUGUCCUUUGUUAAUUGUGUGCCACUAAAGUACCUGUACUCCAAAUGGAGCACUGAGAAUUCAGUAUUUGAAUGAAAAACUUUAAAAUUGAUCAUGUCUGGGAUCCAUAACACUGAAUGAUCCCAGAUCUGGUUAUACAGUAUUUUUGCAAUAGUCAGUUUUUACAGUAUCUUAAAUGAUGAUGCACACAGUGCUAGUUGAACUCUUUUAUACAUUGUCUCUUCAGACGCGUGGAAAAAUACAGACAAUUUACUGUACCCAGAACAGAAACUUAGCUUUAAUACAGGCAUUUGGAGACCCAAAUGACGUGGUCUGUUGUCCAGGCCUUCCAUUGUCUAUCUAGAGACUUCAGGACUGGAUCCAAUGUAUUUUAAUUGAUUGGUUAUCUUUAAUAAUGUAUUUUAGAAUAGCAUUUAUACAUUAGAAACCCUUAUUUAUUUUACAAUGUUUUGACUUUUAAGGUGACCUUACUAUUAAUAAUCUUGAAUGUCUGAAAACCAACAUUUGAAUCAAGUGUAAAGGCCAGUUAAUUAGCAUGCCUUCUAAUUAUAAAUAAUAAAUGUGCUGUAAUUGAAUGUUUUUCAUGAUUGUUUUGCAUUGUUAAAUUAUAGCAAACUUCUUAAAUAAUAAAGAUACCGUCAUAUAUAAACAAAAUACAUAGAUAUUCUAACAGGCAAGUAGGAAGCGGAGAUUUCGCAUGUGUUCCAUUCCCCAGUCUUAGACCUACAAUCGUUUUGUUUUGUUUUUUCCCCAUUUCAUCUUUACAUUUGUUCUGUGCAUAACUAUUUGAUAAAUGACAAUGAUUCACUGUAUCACACUGCUUGCUUUAUGAAAAAUAUGUGAAUUCACAAACUUAUUUUCUUUUUCUUCUACCAAUCUUCAGACAAAAUCCUCCUUUCUGAUCCAAUAGGUGGUGAUAACCAUACUACAGGGGUAAAAUUCAGAUGGGCCUUUCUUUGCAUUUGAAUAUAGAAGAGGAUAUCAAGCAGGAGAUUUUUUUUUCUGAGCUUGGCUCUUCUGUGAAGCUUGGUCCUAUGGGCUCACUGAGCCUUCUGCACAUUGACUGUAUAGGGGUAAACUUGCAUGCAAUCCUGCUGAUUUGUCUGCAUCUUCCCCAACUCUGAUUACACCCGUCUGAGGGUAAUUGGAUAUGAGACCAAGGGCAGCAUGAAUAUGGUCUGGAAAGCUGAAAAGGAAGCUGGCAUUUGGCCUCAGAUCUCUUGCACGUUUUGCACUUUGAUCUCUAUACAGUACUUCUACUGACAUCAACAAUAAGUCUGUGAGUGGAUCAGAAAGGAUAAUUUUUGCCCUACAAUGACUGGUUUGAUAUUUGUUUGUAAAUACCAAGACAACCAUCUGUUUGAAACUUAUUCAUAUUUUCAUCAGGCUGUUCUGUAGCUGAGAUUAGGACUAACAAACAUGACUUGGUUUCUUUCUCUUUUUGAGGUAGCAAAUUACAUGACAAACUUUCAGAGGUGCAAAGUAACAUCACAGUAUUAGUUUGAACAAAGUGCACAUAAUACUGGAUUAUGUUUGUAUUUCUUUCUAACAGAAGCAGCAAUACUACAGUACUCCAGCACAUUCAGCUCCGAGAUGAAGUAGCAGUGUUUUGGGGAAGCUAAUGCUUCAGUACAUACAGAAUAUCACUAACUAAGCCAUAUCACAGUUUAUAAAAAUUGUGCAUCCCUUCUAUACAAACUUCCUGAAAAAAACCAACGGUAUUUUGCACUUACUGGAUAUUCAAAUAGAAUUUAAUUAAAUUGGGGUUUACAGUCAAUGUAGUUAAAAGUAUGGUAAACAUGUAUUUGGAGUUUUUAUUGUAAUGAUUUACUAUACAUUUGUUUAAUUGAAAAAAGUGUUACUUUAUUGUGGGAUUUAUUAAAUCAGUUAUUAAACUUCA